ACAGCGCGAUGGCGGCGGCUCCUUCAGGCGGCUGAAAGGGGACUUAGGCCCGGAAGAUCCGAGUCCAUCCGCGGCGGGGAGAGGGCGAGCGGGGCCGGCGGCGGCCGGAGCAGGGGCGGCGGCGCUCGUACUGUCCCCUCCGCCCCGUAUUGAGGCGCUGGGAGCGGCGGGCGGCCGGAAAGCGAUGGUGAAAGCGGGGCCGUGAGGGCGGAGCCGGAGCCGACCCGCAGCGGCGCCGCCUCCGGAGCGCAGACCCAGGAAGCGGCCGGGCGGGCAGGGGCAGCGGGCGGCCGCCAUGGAGCUGAGGGUUGGAAACCGGUACCGGCUCGGCCGCAAGAUCGGCAGCGGCUCCUUCGGAGACAUCUAUCUCGGCACGGACAUCGCUGCAGGAGAGGAAGUGGCCAUCAAACUGGAGUGUGUCAAAACCAAGCACCCGCAGCUGCACAUCGAGAGCAAGAUCUACAAGAUGAUGCAGGGUGGAGUGGGCAUCCCCACAAUCAGGUGGUGCGGCGCUGAGGGCGACUACAACGUCAUGGUCAUGGAGCUGCUGGGGCCCAGCCUCGAGGACCUCUUCAACUUCUGCUCCAGGAAGUUCAGCCUCAAGACCGUCCUGCUGCUGGCUGACCAGAUGAUCAGCCGCAUUGAGUACAUCCACUCCAAGAACUUCAUCCACCGAGACGUGAAGCCUGACAACUUCCUCAUGGGGCUGGGCAAGAAGGGCAACCUGGUCUACAUCAUUGACUUUGGGCUGGCCAAGAAGUACCGGGACGCCCGCACCCACCAGCACAUCCCCUACCGCGAAAACAAGAACCUCACCGGCACUGCGCGGUACGCCUCCAUCAACACCCACCUCGGCAUCGAACAAUCUCGGAGGGAUGACUUGGAGUCCCUGGGCUACGUGCUCAUGUACUUCAACCUGGGCUCUCUGCCCUGGCAGGGGCUGAAGGCGGCCACCAAGAGACAGAAGUACGAGCGGAUCAGCGAGAAGAAGAUGUCCACGCCCAUCGAAGUGCUGUGCAAAGGCUACCCCUCGGAGUUUGCCACCUACCUGAACUUCUGCCGCUCCCUGCGCUUUGACGACAAGCCCGACUACUCGUACCUACGACAGCUCUUCCGGAACCUCUUCCACCGCCAGGGCUUCUCCUACGACUACGUGUUCGACUGGAACAUGCUCAAGUUUGGUGCGAGCCGGGCUGCCGACGACGCGGAGCGGGAGCGCCGGGACCGAGAGGAACGGCUGAGACACUCGCGGAAUCCAGCCACCCGUGGCCUGCCUUCCACGGCCUCUGGCCGCCUGCGGGGGACCCAGGAGGUGGCGCCUCCAACUCCCCUCACCCCUACCUCACACACGGCCAACACCUCUCCACGGCCUGUCUCCGGCAUGGAGCGAGAGCGGAAAGUGAGUAUGCGGCUGCACCGCGGCGCCCCGGUCAACGUCUCCUCGUCAGACCUCACGGGCCGGCAAGAUACCUCGCGCAUGUCCACCUCACAGAAUAGCAUUCCUUUCGAACACCACGGCAAGUAGCUGCUCGGCUCCCGUCGGAAGGCAGCACUGGAUCCCCGGUCGGGUGGCAUCCAGUGGUCUGCAGUCUGUCGUGCACCGAUGAGAAGGCUCCUUGUCGCUGUGAAGGGCAGACAAUGCAUGGCUGAUGUCCUCUCUUACCAAUGGCUGUACUCUGACACGCCCCCGGUCUCCACCGAGGUUGGCACCGGGAGCUCUCCAGGCCUCUCACCCAGCGACGCCUGGGGGGGGGGCGCAGAACAGACUAAAUGGACAGACUCCAAGGGCCACUCGCCUGGGCCACCGCAGGCCACACGGACUGUUACCAUGGGAGACCCUGGUGCCAUCAGACGUCUGAGCCGCCUGGCCCCCCCACGGCAACCACCAGUCUUCUACUUGGUUAAGACAGUUUUGUAUCAUUUUGCUAAAAAUUAUUGGCUUCAAGCUGUGUAAGAAACCUGUCUUUUUAUUGUUUCUUUCCCGUCUUUGCGGUCUGAAGAGGUUGACUUUAAAGACUCCGUGAAACAAAGCUGGCUUGUAUGUUCUGUACUGAGGGCAGACAGGCAGGGAGUGCGUUGUAUGGUGUCGUCGCCUGCUGGGAGGGCGCUGCUUCACAGGAGUCCUGUCACCUGUCUGCGCGUGCACCUGUGCGCCGAGCACCCACCACCAGAGGUGUGGGCGGGCAGUGCCACCUGUGUGCUGAUCCAGAUGAAGAAGCCAGAAGGCCAUGGUCCUGGCGCAGGUCCUCAGGCGCUGAGCAGCAGGGAAGGCCCACCAGGCAGAAGCGGUUCUGUCCACAGGCCCUGCUCCCAGUUUGCCAUGAUGGGCAAGCCAGAUGCUCUGGGGGGAGCCGGAAGUGGGGGCCAGUGGCCAGCAGGCGUGUGUGAGGGUUGGCAGAAUUGUGUGGUAUGCAGAGCUGGGGCUGCUGCCCACCGUAGCCUGGUCUGGUGCAUGUGGCUUUGGGGUAGGCCGUUGACCAGUGGGAGAAGCACGAGGCUGCCUUCCCCACCGCCUCAAGUCGGGCCCAGCCAGACAUGGGAGUGUAGUUAGGCCGUCAGCCUGUGUGUUGGUAACUGGUGUCUCAGCUGUUUUACUACCACUGUAUCUGUGUACCUUAACAACUGUGUAAAUAAUAAAUUCAUAAUGACUUGUACCUUU